ACACUGAACGGCUCUACUCAAUGGUGUUUCAAGAAAUAUGUGACCGCUAUGGGAAGAAGUACUCCUGGGACGUGAAGUCCCUGGUUAUGGGCAAAAAGGCCUUGGACGCGGCAGAGGUUGUAAUCCAGGUCUUGCAGCUCCCGAUGUCCAAAGAGGAGCUGGUGGAGGAGAGCCAGCUGAAGUUGAGACAAGUGUUCUCCACGGCCUCGCUGCUGCCAG